UGGAGCAAAAAUAUUCAUCCCCACUUAACAUGUCAAUCAGGAUUAAUGCCCCCACAGACCUCUUCCUCAGGUUCACCCAGGUCCUCUCACUGGUGGAGGCACCGCAGCCAGGGCAGAGGCGCUGAUAUAUAAGACCGGACGGGACCGGAGCGCAGCGCAGCGGCUUCAGUAGCGCACAGCACGUCGCGUCGCCUGGACUUGAGUCUCACGUCUCCGCGUCUCCACCAGUAGUUUGACAGGCGUAAUGAGCGAUCACUCACACGUUUUGGAGAGCGUGAUGCAUGUCGACUAACAUGUCAGAGCUCCUCCAAGUCACACAACUCUCCUCCUGCUGCUGCUGCUCCUGCCUGCUCGCUCUGCCUCCGUCUGUGGAUUACCCGUGCAGCAGUUUGUGAGGCUGCACAUGAGCUGCUGCUGUUUCUUCUUGUUGUUGUUGUUGUUGUUUGCAUGCGGACAAACUUGCGGGAGCUGCAGGGUCGCUGUGUUUUGGAGGACAUCGGCCGCGUCGUGCGCGUAAAAAGGAGAAAAAAACAAACAAACUUGCAGCGUAAACACUUCUCCUGUGUCUGUCGGCUGCUGCCUGCGAGCGCUCCCCCGACAUGGAGCUGAAGAGCGCGUGUCGUAUGUUCCUCUUCCCGGUCCAGAUGCUCUACUACCUGGUCCGAGCCAGUCUGGCGUCCCUGCUGCCGAGCAGGAGGAAGGACCUGAGCAGGGAGGUGGUGUUGAUCACCGGCGGGGGACGAGGCAUCGGGCGACACCUGGCCAAGGAGUUCGCCAAGCAGGGGGCCAGAAAGGUGAUCCUGUGGGGCCGAACAGAGAAGUGCCUCAAAGAAACAGCCGAAGAGAUCUCUGUCUCAGGAACAGAGUGCCACUACUUCCUGUGUGAUGUGGCCAAUCGGGAGGAAGUCUACAAGCAAGCCAAGGUGGUUAGAGAAAAGGUCGGAGAUGUUACGAUACUGGUGAACAAUGCAGCUGUAGUCCACGGCAAGAGUCUGAUGGACAGCGACGACGACGCCCUUCUGAAAUCCCAACACAUCAACACCAUGGGACAGUUCUGGACUACAAAAGCCUUCCUGCCCCGGAUGCUGGAGCUGCAGCACGGACAUGUCGUGUGCAUAAACUCCAUCCUGUCCCAGUCUCCCAUCCCCGGAGCCAUAGACUACUGCACCUCCAAGGCCUCGUCGCUGGCCUUCAUGGAGAGCCUGACGCUGGGCCUGCUGGACUGUCCCGGUGUCGGCUGCACCACCGUGCUUCCCUUCCACACCAACACAGAGAUGUUCCAGGGCAUGAGAGUCAGGUUUCCUCAGCUCUUUCCUCCUCUCAAACCUGAGGUGGUUGCUCAGAGGACCGUGGAUGCAGUCAGAGCAGACAAGGCCUUCCUCUACCUGCCCUGGACUAUGCAUGCUCUUGUCAUUCUAAAAAGCUUCAUGCCACAAGUUGCACUUGAAGAAAUCCACAAAUUUACUGGGAGUUAUACCUGCAUGAACACAUUCAAAGGGAGGACAUGAGCCGGGAUUGCGCCCAAUGGGAGCGCGGCCUCAACAGCUCUGAGGUGUAAAUGAAGGGAAUAUGGACCUUAAGACAUACGGAGGUGGAGGAGGCCACAUGAUAGUGUGAAGACAAACACUUAGGGGACAUGCAAGGUGGUUCCUCCUGCAGGUAGAAUUAAUUUGAUAAACUGCAGGACACACCCUGGUCCCAUUUGUAUGUGUGUGUGUGUGUGUGUGCGUGUGUGUGUGUGUGUGCAUGCAUGUGUAUAGUAUGGAAAACUGAAUGCCAUUUUCACUUUGAACAGAAGCCAUGCAUAGGACUGUACCAGUAGUUAUUCUGGGAGUUUUUUUGACACUUGUUUUUAGUCUGUUUUUACACUUCUUCUGUUUUUUGUUUUUUUUUAAUUCUCCUUUUAACGUGUCUUUGAAUCAAACAAGAUAAUAAAAUGGAGUUUUAGAGAUG